UUUUCAUAUUACACAAUUGUCAUGAUUGUUUAUCAACAACAUGUUUCGAUUUCAGUAGCUUAUGUUUUAAAACAAAUACAUGCCAAAAUACUCAAUAGACAUUUUAAGAGUUCUACUAAAGUUCGUAAUAUCUCAGUAUCUGCAGUUGUAAGAAAGAAAAUGACUGACAAUAAUGAAAUCCGCCAGAGUCGUUUUGUGAAAGAGGAGGAGGUUUCACGUGGGAAAUGGUUGUCACUCAAUCAGAUCACAUACACAGACCCUACUGGAAAGGAAAGAACUUGGGAAGCUGUGUCUAGGACAACUUCACAGACAGGAUCAGAUGCUGUAUGUGUGAUAGCAAUACUUAAAAGGAUGUUGAAAUAUGAUUGUUUAGUACUUGUCAAACAGUACAGACCACCAAUGAAAUGUUACACACUGGAAUUCCCUGCUGGAUUGAUUGAUCCAUCCGAGACAGCAGCAACAUGUGGCAUCAGAGAAUUGAAGGAAGAAACGGGUUACACUGGAAUAUUAAAACAUGAAUCACCAGUGACUUGCCUGGACCCAGGGAUUGGUGGUACAACCUGUCAUUUAAUAACAGCAGAAAUAGAUGGAGAUAUUGAUAGUAAUAUCCAUCCCAAAAAUAAACUAGGUAAGUUCAUAAUAAGAUUGCAUUGA